CACACCGUGGACUCUUCCUUCUGCAGAGCUGGAUUCAGAGAGGAGACACCAUGCCCCCCAGCCUCACAGCCCUGCUCUGCCUUGGGCUGAGUGUGGGCCUGAGGAUGCCAGUGAAGGCAGGCUGGUCAGAGCAUAGUGACCCCCUGGAGCUGGUGGUGACAGGAUCCAUACGCAAACCCAGCCUCUCAGCCUUGUCCAGCCCUGUUGUGACCUCAGGAGGGACCAUAACCCUCCAGUGUGGCUCACGGCAGAAAUUUGACAGGUUCAUUCUUACUAAGGAAGGAGAAAACAGGCUCUCCUGGACCCUAGACUCACAGCGAGAACCAGGUGGGCAGGUCCAGGCCGUGUUCUCUGUGGGUCCAGUGACCCCCAGUGACAGGUGGACUUUCAGAUGCUAUGGAUAUAACAGGAAGAGACCCCAGGUGUGGUCACAGCCCAGUGACCGCCUGGAGCUCCUGGUCCCAGGUGUCUCAGGGAAGCCCUCCCUCCUGACCCAGCAGGGACCCAUUGUGGGCUCUGGACAGAGCCUGACCCUCCAGUGUCACUCUGACAUCGGCUAUGACAGAUUCACUCUGUCCAAGGAGGAGGGACAGGACCUUCCCCAGAUCACUGUCCUGCAGCCCCAGGCUGGGCUCUCUCAGGCCGAAUUCCACCUGGGCAUUGUGAGCAGUACCCACGGGGGCCAGUACAGGUGCUACGGUGGAUACAACCUCUCUUCUGAGUGGUCAGCCCCCAGCAACCCCCUGGACAUCCUGGUGGCAGGACAGCUCCCUGACAGACCCUCCCUCUCGGUGCAGCCAGGCCCCUCAGUGGCCUCAGGAGAGAAGGUGACCCUGCUGUGUCAGUCACGGAGCCCGAGGGACAUUUUCUUUCUGACCAAGGAGGGGACAGCUGAUCCCCCUCUGACACUGAGAUCACAGUCCCGAGCUCAGCAGCACCAGGCAGAGUUCUCCUUGGGUCCUGUGACCUCAGCCCACGGGGGGAACUAUAGGUGCUACAGUGCAAACCACAGCAACCCCUACCUGUUGUCACAGCCCA